AGCUGCACUGCCUGCACUUUUGUAUCGUCUUUCAUCUUUCUUUUUCCAGCGUAAUCGAAUCGAAUACGAAUACGAAUGUUGAUUGUUCCUUUUAUUUUGAAUGAAAAGAACAUAAAAAGUGAUAAUGAAAACAAUCGAUUUUACGGUCGCUCUCGCACAUUCGAUUAUUUUCUUCUAAUCCGAUUCUCUUCUAAUCUUUAGUUUAGUACGUAACCUCUUUAUCGGUGAUACUGCUGGUCUAAUCAAGAGAAACGAAUAGGACAAGGUUGGGAUAAUGUUCAAGUAUUUAAUUUAAAAAAAUAGGAAGAAUUAUACAAUCAAUAAAUAAGACUGAAGAGUAUAAAACAAUUAAGUGAAAUUAAUUAGGUUGAUAAAAAAAAGGCGUCGUAUAAUCUCAAGGAGAAGUUGAAGGCGCAAAUCCACCAUCCGGUAGAGCAACGUUAAAAAUCCUCCCUGAUAUCGCUGCAAUUUAAUUCGUUGGCAUAUAAUUUAUUAUGACAUAGCCUGCCAUGUAUCCCCGACUACUGUUGAAUCUUUGCGAACGAUCUCUAUACCGUGUCUCGAGCGGCGUUAAAUCGAGUGUUAAAAGAUUGAGUCAUGUUGCUAGUAAAGACGAGGAAAAGCGAAAGGUGGAAAAUGUCUCCACGAAGUUCCCCGAUUACAAAGAGAAGCAAAAGGUGGAAACUGUCUCCAAUGCCUCCACGAGGUUCCCUGAUCACAAAAUCCUUUAUGUAUUUCCUUAUACCAAGCAAGCUUGUGGUAUAAACGUUGUGAAACGCCGACUUACUCUAUUCGCUGGAGUAGCCACACCUGUGAUCAUUGGACUUCAUCUGGCCAGCAUCUUGUCCUUUGACGUAACUAUUGUGACAAUAACAACUGGAGUUCUAACAACAUUGUGGCUACAUUCUCUUGGAAUUUUCACCAACAAUCUCAUAGGAUACAUAUACGUAAAAUUGGACGAGCAAAAAGUAAUAUUAUCUUACAUAGACUAUUGGGGAAAGAGGAUAGACCUGAGGAUUUCUGCCAAAGAAAUUUUUCCCAUGUCGGAUAAUCCAACCAGUAUCACCGAUUCUCUGUACAAAAAAGUACUGCUCACACAAGAGCAAAAUUUUAAAACCUUAAAGAUAAAUCUAAAGCUGGGACAGAUAAUUGACGUUGAAAAUUUUAAAUGUGUUCUAGGAGUGGUUGAAUAAUUUUGUUAAACGUGUACAAAACAAUUCUAUAAAGCGUCAUUACGUUUCA